AGAUACUGUAUUAGUGGAGUUGUGGAAAAGGGGAACAGAGCACAACGUCGCUUUACCACAUUGAAGGAGAAAGGGAGUUUAAGGUUUUGCUAACCAACAAAGCGAAAGACCCAUUGAUUUUGGUUAGAGGAAACAGAAAUGGGUUCUUGGUCUACAGCAUCUGUUAUGACUAAUCAAUUUAUUCCAUUUUCUGCCAUCAUUACUGAAUCUGCCAUGAACUCCAAAUUUGCCGCCAGUUUCUAUAAAAUAUAUAGAAGCAGAAGCAAAGAAAAAUUCAGUCUCUCUUUUGCUAGGGACAAUUAUAAAGUUUGGAGUACUAGUGCAAUCAAAUCAAGCCGAGAAGUAUCGUAUUUGCAAAUGCAACAACGAAAUGGAACUUGGGAAGAACCAGAUAUUGACAGUGACAGUGAGUGUGAUGAUGAAGAAGGUGAGGGAGUUGAAGAUGAGAACCUUGGAUUUGAAAGUGAUUGGGAAGAGGAAGAGACGAAGACUUCAGCUAUUACUGAUGUUAAUAUAACUUCAAGGGACAAGUAUGAGGAGCAUCUUAAGAGAGAGGUUGAACAGCUUAUGGAUCCAGUAGAAAGUGCAAUAUUGGAGCAGAAUGUAACCCCUAACUUAGAAAAAAUAUCAACUGCAAAAUGGAGCCCACUGCACACUCUUGCACUAUCAAUGCAGAUUAGUAGCAUGGACAAGCUUCUUGAAAAUGGUUUGGAUAUUGAUUUCCUUAAUAAAGAAGGUCUCACUGCGCUUCAUAAGGCGAUUAUAGGCAGAAAAGAAGCUGUGAUAAGCCAUCUUUUACGGAAAGGUGCUAGUCCUCAUGUUAAGGAUAAGGAUGGAGCUACUCCACUUCAUUAUGCAGUUCAAGUUGGUGCCAAGCAAACUGUGAAAUUAUUGAUCAAGUAUAAAGUUGAUGUCAAUGUUGCAGAUAAUGAUGGUUGGACCCCAUUGCACAUUGCCAUUCAAAGCAGAAACAGAGAUAUAGCAAAAAUUUUGUUAGUCAGUGGUGCAGAUAAGACAAGAAAAAAUAAGGAUGGAAAAACAGCACUUGAUCUAAGCUUAUGUUAUGGGAAAGACUUCAAGUCUUAUGACCUUGCCAAAUUACUGAAGGUAGUUCCAGCUAACGAAGAUCUAUGAUGUGGGAUAUGCAAUCUUCCAGAACAAGAUUGAAGUCUCAGUUGAAUGAUAUCUGCUUCCAAUUAGCACUAAAGUGAUCCUUUUCAAAAUGAUGAAAGCUUUGAUGGAACAAUUCAUUAUCUUCUACUUCAAUGAUUGCUUGGAAUAUUUUUGCAGCAUAGCUCUAAUUACAACGUAGUCCUAUCAAAACUACACAAGUUGUGCAGAUUUUAAGUCUCAGAGUAUUGGUGAACUGCAGAAACAAAGUGGUUAGCAAAUUACUGUAUCAUCCUAAAUGAGCUGUUCAAGGCUUCAAGCUAUUGUGAUCUUUCUACGUUGAAAUUUGUUUCAAAGGAUAACAAAUUAUCUAAUGGGUGCUAAAAAAAUUUAUAUUGAUUUAUAACAAG